CAUUUGAUCAAUGGAGAAAAGCGCACACUUUGCCAAAAUGAUGUUACGUCCCGUAGCACGAAAUGCACGUGCAGUUCAACUGUAUAAAACUGCUGACUCGACACGUUGGGAUCACAGCAACAAAAAGCACACACAAAAAAUGCCACGUUGACAACGAUGAGGGAGAGAGUCGAUCGUUGGAAUGGGUCAACAGGAAGCAACGUGGACCGACAUCGCCAGAAGGAUAGGUGUGCGCGCAUAACCGUCAACGUUGGAGUGAACUUGCGAGUGUGACAUGUGCCGAAUAACUGCCUCAGUCACAUGACCAGGUCUGACAGGGAAACGAUGGCAAGAGUGGCUGCUUGUACAAUGGGACCAUGACGUAAGCUGACACGCCCCCUCCAGCACACGUGGGACUGACAGACAAUUCAUUAUGCAUGUCAACACCGAGGACCCGGGCACUGUGCAGGGGUCAUCUGCUGAGAAAGGUGUUGUGCUCAGAGACGCUACUCUUGAUAGUUACUCGGACGGAUCGUCGCAUAUCUUUUCCGAGUUUGUUGACAUGGAUGCAAUACGUCGCAACCUUGGACAGUCAGCUGCGUCGUUUACUUCAGAUGACUUGGAUGAUGGGGAUCAGCUUUCAGUUUUGUUUAAUUUGUACAAGUUGGGGCAGAAAAAACAACUGAAACAGUUACUGCGACAGUCAAUGUGGCCUGCUGACCACAUGAUCCGCCAUUCAUUAUGGACAUCACUUUGCAAGCACCUGCUGAAAGCGGACGGAGAUCUCUAUGAUGAAAUGGACAAGGAACUUUUUGGAGAUGAUGUUAUGAUGGACGACAUCCCCCUGCCGGGGUUUGUCGACCAAGUCAACCUGACCUCGUAUCAUCUGUCCCACGAGGGGUUGCACCUCAUCACCAAGAUCGUCGCCAUCAUCAACCAUACCAACCCCGACGUAAGCUACAGCCCUGCUGCCUUCUCUGUGGCCAGCCUCUUCCUCCACUAUAUGGGCCCCUCCGACGUCUACAACUGCCUCUACGCUCUACUUACAAGCAAAGACACUCGCUAUCUCACUCAGACAAGUAUCUCUCUUGAUGCAUCCAAACUAGUACUGAGGGAUUUGACCAAGAAGUAUGCAAAGUCGGCCUAUGUUCACAUUGUGCGACAGAGCAGCAACACAGAGGCUGUGUUUGAGAACUGGUUGUGGUGGAUCUAUCGGGACCUGCCCUUCUCUCACCUGGUGAAGAUUACAGACUGCUUUCUGGUGGAGGGUGUAAAGGUCCUGUACCGAGCUGUACUAGCCGUUCUCAUACUGUACGCUAAAUACUCAGGUAAGCGAACUGCCUCAAACGGAGAACCUGUCAGUGUCAACAUCUCCAACAACAUCAGCCGAUUCUGUGAAAAGAUGCCGGUGGAUGUCACUAAGUUUUUGAAGAUUGCCUUCGGUAUCCGUGGCUUGUCUCGGAAGGAAAUCCAUCGUCUGGAGUUAAAGCACGAGAUGUACAUCAACAGCCGAAAUUUUGUCCAGUCCACCAAGAAUGACCUCAUGAUGAGACGUGCGUCCACACACUCCAUCGGAGUACCAAUGUCAAGGUCAUUUAGUGGACCAAUCAUCAUGCAGCAUAUGAAAGGGUCAAGUGUUCUCACACCUGAUAUGCAGCCAUCCACAUCUCGGGGUAGGUCCAGAUCUCUCGGGAUACUCGUUUUCCCAAAUUUCAAAAGUAGCAUUAUCACUCAGGAUGAUUUGCACACGGUAUGGAGCUGGCUGCCGGCACGGCUGUCAGUAUGUGUACCGGAGCUCCUUUUCACGUCCGAGGAGCACGGCACCAGUUUGAGAACGGUCUACAGCAAGAUUGAGUCCAGGCAGCAGACACUUUUCUUUAUACGCAACACAGAGAAUGAGGUGUUCGGCGCCUUCUGUUCAGCUUCCUGGCAGCAGAGGAAGACAAAGGAGAAGAAUCUCUCCUAUUUCGGCACUGGUGAGACCUUCAUCUUCACGCUGUACCCCGUCAAGUUAAAGUAUGACUGGGUGGGACUCCUGUAUGAAGAUAUCCCCAACACAGCAAACAUGUUCCUGGCUGGCGACACCUCCGUACUCACCAUUGGCGGCGGCCGAGGUGAAGCUAUCCAACUCGAUGAAAAUUUGGUUCAUUGUCGUACAGAAAAUUGUGACACAUUUGACAAUGACCCGCUUUGCGAGAAACAGGACUUCACCUGUAAGGUUGUGGAGGUGUAUGGCUUCAAGUGAACAUCGUCAUGGUCUGCCUUGUGGAUGCUGGAGACCUUAUGUGGUCUUUAGAAACAUGGACUGGGUGAUCAGCUGUAUUAUAACUGAGACUUCAAGCAAAGUACGAACCUUAUAGUGAAUUUACGGACCUGAUAUUGAUAUAAAUACAGAUCUGUCAGUGAAUAUAUGGACCUGUCCCAAUAAUCAGGUUCCUAAACAGAACUGUUGCAAUGUCACACAGAGAUUUCUUAGACGUUACCAUGGUUACGGUCUCACGGGAAACCGCCAAUGGAAUCAGUGUUUCAUUGGGCUGGAGAUAACCAAUAGGGUGAAGUGAAGAUUUAGAUUUAGAUUUAGAUUGUGUGUCUUAGACAUAAAAUCAGCAUGUCUCACCAAGGGAGGAUUAGAGGUGGCAUCAGAUACAGGGGACAGCCACUAGACACGACAAAGGGGACAUAUUGUCUGAAGAAGUGACCAUGUGUCUCAAACAUCAUGAAACAGCCAAUGUGACAGUGUCAGUGACAGGGUCCUGUGUAAACAAUAAAUUAUGUAGAUUUAGCAGUUGUUCUCAGGCAAAGAGUGCCGGAUGUAUCUCGGUGCGAAGUGUCUGUAUCUCUGUAGCAUGAAUAGUGUGUAUCUCGUAGUGCAAAUAGUGUGUGUAUCUCAUAGUGCGAAUAGUGUGUGUAUCUCGUAGUGUGAAUAGUGUGUGUAUCUCGUAGUGUGAAUAGUGUGUAUGUCCUUAGCAUGAUUUGUUUGUAUCUUGGUAGCGCAAACUGUGAGCAUCUGCAGCAUGAAUUGUUUACAAACAGAACAAACGUCGUAUAAAUCAUGUUAAACCCGAUGCAAAAUGUCCCCAGAAUCAAACCUUUUGGUUAAUAACUAAUAACUAAUUAGUAAGUUCCAUUAGCAUGUCCUCUCUGAAGCUGGUUAGUCGUUGGUGUAGGCUUGGCUCUGAUUGCCGGAGACGAUGUCAGUUGUUAUUGUGAGGAUGUAGACAGUAGAGAGACGUUGUGGAUGUUGUGACCUAGUCAUGAGAUGGUGUCCCAGGAUGUAGCUGCAUGUGAUAGGUACAUAGGUACAGAGAGUGAUGGGAAGUGGAGUUAUACGAGACAUAUUGCUAUACAAGGGGAGUGACAGGUUACAUUAAGCUUAUGAGAGUGAUAUACGAUGCUUAUAUUCCAUGCCAGGUCAUGCUCUCAGGAUUGCUUUGUUUUAACAAAGGUGUAUUGGCAGGUAAAUCUUGCCUUGUCACUUUAGAAUGCACCAAAACCUUUCCCAAUAUUAGGAUUACUGUCAGAAAUGAUGUCUGUAGAUCCCAGACAUGAAUUUGUUUUAAACUUGAGGGAAUGGGUUAAUUUUCUACAAACUUAGCAUAGCUGUCACAUGUUGAUGUAUUGCCAGUGAGUCUAGUUUUACGCCGCACUCAGCAAUAUUCCAGCUAUAUGGCGGCGGCCUUAUGUAUUGCCAGACAGACAUGGUAUACUAUGAUAUAUGUGAUGUAAGACUAGUGAUGCAAUACAGACUGUGAUUCUGUUUAUUCGACAGUGUAUGAAAGUGCAUGGUGUCCUAGUGACCGUUAAACUGUGAAUCUCCAAGCAGAGUUGUGUCCCUUUUCCAUACCAGGAUCUGCUAGUUGCUGGUACAAUUCCCACAUUCUCCCCUAUCAUGAUCGUUGUAGGUUUUAUCAGAGUGGUGACUGAAAUCUUCAACCAGCAUCUCCUUAGGCUUACAUCAUCACUAUUCAAGAACACAGUGAUGUGAAACACAGGUCAGAGUGACCUUUCACCUUUUAGACUGAUUUGCUGAAUGAUAUAUAGCUCUGAAUCUCUCCAAUAUUUAUGUUGAUAUAAGUUGCAGAGUAGAUCCUUGUGGAUCAGUUGUUUCAUGUAUAGCAAGUAUGUGCUUGUGACUGCAUUGGAGUCGGAAAUGGCUGUGACAUUUAUAUACUCAUGCUUGUAGCAGUUGCAAAAUGGGUAGGUGCCCACUCCCCGUGUGUACAAAACCAUAGGUUGGCUUGUUAGUUGUCUGUAGAAAGUGGAUGGUCACUCCCAGCCUUCCUGAUCUGCCAGUGUGUAUUGUUUGAUAAUGAUUCAUGCAGUUGGUGGUGUAUAUAGACUGUUAUUACAUGGUACAGAAUGUAUUGGUGUGUAGUAUAUGUAGAUUACAGACAGUGCCAGUAGUGAUAAAGGUGGUACUUGCUAACUGUGAGUCAUUGAUUCCAGACAAUAUCUCUGGUUAGUCCUGGCGUUUGGUAUUAUUUGGUUUAUAGACUUGCCGACCAGAAAAGAAAUUUUGAAAGCGUAAAAUCGACGAUUUAAUUAUUAUUGUUUAUGUUGCUGACAGUGAGACGUGUGAAAGCUAUCACAGUUGAGUAAGAUUGCCUGAUUAUACCGGUAUAUGUAGGACUUUACUUUAGAGAACUGGGUUCAAGUGUGCCAUGAAUAAUACUCCAACUGUAGUCUUGUGACGUUAUGUAAAGCCUUUGUGUUAUUUGAACAUGUUAUGUUUUGGGGUGUUUAUAUCCUGUAUUUGGAGUACACAGGAUAUCGUGUCAUCCUUUGUCCAUUCCUCAUACAGAUAUUUGUCAUCCCAAUAUACAGAGAUAUAGCGAUAACCUUUUUUAUCUUAUGUGUCAUUCAUAAAUUCUAACUUACAUGUAUUAUGUAAGGCUUGUGUGAUGUAUGUUCUGAUUAUACUAAUAUGAGACUUGCAGUGUAAAGCUGCCCAUGUUGAGACUAAUGGAGGUUAAGCAGUCUAGUAACAAUGGUAAUAAUAUAACAAUUGUUCCAUUUUUCUUGAUUUAUGAUAAUUUGGUAUAUUUCUGAUUCCUCUCAUUUUUCAUGCUACUCUUGUAAGAACUGUAACAACCAAGGGAGAUCUCUAGUAGUGAUUAUUUAAAUCUCAGCAAAGUGUAACAGCACAGCUCCACUGGUAAUUACUCUGUUGGGAAACAUGUGCAAAUAUAGAGUAUAGCCAAACCAAGGUGUGAGAAGUGAUGAAAUCUUUGCAAGGCUGAUAGCAGUGAUGAUAGACAGAGACAGAUCUUCCUGAGUUGUGAAACCGGUUUUAGGAAUUGUUUGAAUCCGUUUGGGGUUUUACAAGCAUGUGUCAUUUUGAUUCAGUGUAGCUGGACAGUAUAUAUGUAUAAAUAAUGUUCAAUUUUCUUUUAGUUUUCAGUAACUUACAGUGUAUUAGUGUGUAAUGAAAAUGUUAUGUUCUUUUGAUGAGAAGAGCAUUGAACAGAAGAAAUAUGGUGCUUGAGUCAAAGCUCGUGGAGCGUCUGUGCGUGUGUUUUAUGUGCAAUAUGUUAAACAAUUUUUGUACAUUACUCUGAUACCAUUGUUAUAGUCCUAAAAAUGUAAAAAAAUUGCAUCAUCGAAAGAGUUUCAAAACCAGAAUCUAAUGACAUUAUGUUAUGUAUUGUUUUCUGAAAGUAGAGGAUAUUGAGAAAAUAGAAAACAAUAUGUUUGAUUUACUCUACUUUGUAGAACAUAUUUUCUGUCUUACACAACUGGUUAUGUUUAUGUUUGAUCAUUAGACAAGCUAUGGCAUUAGGAAAUGUGUUUCUCAGUAACCAGAGAUCUGACGUGUAACCAUGAUUGAUUUGAAGAUCUGUUUGACAUUUAUGUGAUUGAAUCAAAUCAAGAAGUUCACCUUAUCCAUCGUGUGUUUCUGUGGCAUCUUUCAUGCAUUAUAGUGUGUUGCCAUGGAAACUGCAAAAUAUAGAUUUUCAAGCAGGGUCAUGAUGAGUCGGUUUAUAUUGAUUAAGUUUUGAUUACUUUAACAAACAAAGCAAUACCCCACCUAUCACUUACCCAUCGUAAUACAGAAUGCCACUUCUAGCAGGAGUGUGAAGCAGAACAUGAUAACAGGUUUCAUGACACUCACAAUGAUACAAAAAAGAAACGAUAAUCAAAACACACAUCUAGCAAGAAUAUGCUGUGGGUGAGGGUGACAAACAAAUCCUUGUUGAGGUAUUUUUGCUCAAUUGUUUCCCAGACCAGGCAUUAGGUCUCUUGUCCCAGUCUCCAGGAAGUAGUGCUAAUAGUGUAGAAGUAUGUAAUUAGUUGUCAGAAAGUAGUUGUAAAAGUACAGCACUGAACACUGUACUAGAGGAAGUGGUCACUACCCCCUUACUUACAAUGUGUGAAGCUCACUCCCUCACUCAUAACAAGAGAUGAAAGAGAACAUCAAAUGAUUUGGUCUGGUUUGAUGUGAAUUUGAUGGUAACAAAAUGAUGGUGGAUAUAUUUUAAUAUUAGGCUAUAAUCUUUUAUAUUUAUCUAUGCCAUUAUACUUUGUUUCUUUGUGGCACUGUCGAUAUUAUCCUCAUAUUAAGGAGGUGAUUGUGAUGCAGAAAUAUGAGCACUGUGUUUAAUGCAUCCUCGAUAAUCUCCAGGGUAUACGUUACGAUAACUCUCCACUAUACCCUGGAGAUUAUCAAGGAUGUGUUUAAUGAAGCACUGGCAAUUUAUUAGUAUCAUAUAUUUAUUUGCAUCAUGGUGACAAAAAAUCUCAACUUCCUAUAUACAUGGCCACAGUAUGAAGACUGCCAUUUGUCAUGGGUUGUAUAUAUACCCAUCAUUUGUACGGCAUCCAGCGUGAUAACAACCGUAUCAUCAUAUGCCAGUCUUUGAGGCAGCCUAUAGCCUGAAUUUGAUUUUUUGUCUGUUUUCUUAUUUUUGUAUAUGUAUAUAUGUUUAGUUGUAAAUUUGCUUUCUUUGAAACUAUGAUUAUCUUUCACCAAGUUGUUUCAAAACCUUGAGUUCAGUUUAGAGUUCAGUUGCAGCUGUUCUUAGGGAGGAAUUGAAAUGUAUUUAUUUUGAGAAACAUGUUGCUGAUAUUAUUUGGCCAACCUUGGAUGUUAUAUGCCAUUAUUGAUGAGGUUUGGUCCGGAAGCAAAAUAUUGUUUCACACAUUAGUUUUGUGAAUAUCCUUUAAAAUUUAUACUGAGAUGCACAAGUGGUUUGCUGACUCCCUACUGCUCAUGACCAUACAAGUUACAGAACAUCCUCUACAGACCCGAUUAUUUACAGACCGCCGUGAUAUAGCUGGAAUAUUGCUGAGUGCAGCAUAAAACUAGGCUCACUCACUCACUCACAUAAUAUCUAGUGUGAGUGAGGCCAGCAGGGUGCCAGUUUUAAUACACGGUGCCAGUAUGAAUAAGGAUUCUCCUGUGACAACUGUCUUGGAGUUGCAAGUAUAUUUAGUAACAAUCACUUUCACUGGGCCAUGAAGUGAUCAUAGAACUACAACUGUGGUAAGCCUCUGUCACAGUCUGGGAAUGAAGAUAACCAUAGGCUCCGAUCACCUUGAGAGAGCACUUGGCCAUUCUAGUGAUCAAAGUGCCCUUUUUGUCAAGGAAUCCUUCAACUCAGCAAUACAACAUAUUAGUGGUAUACAGCUUCUAAUCAGUCAUGUUGAGCAUUACAAUUCAAUUACAAAAACAGCACACUUCGCAAGAAUUAAAACAAAUGAGCGUUAUCUCCCCUAGAGUUGUACUCAUAGUUUAGUGUAGACUUACGACAGUCGUAGUGUGAAGAUCAUGGCUUGGGACCUUGGCCAUGUAGCUGAUGGUGGAGCAGGCUGUGCAGUCCAUCUUGUGAAGGUCUCGAUAUGUCUCAUCACUGCAAUGUUUAUGUUGUAUUUAUAUUAAAUGGCAACCCAAGUAUUAUAUGUUUGUAUUUAUCAUGGUGGUUGAUGUGUCAACCCUUGACAAGGCAUACGUCAGAUGAAUUCCAAACCAUUCUAACCUCGAGUUUCUUCAGUGAUUUCAUGAGAUCUGUUUGGUUGACAUUUUAGAAGUUGGCGAGCAAUAAGAAAGUAAAAUUCUUUAUUGAUAACAAUGAUUUCAUGAGAGUUUCUAACUUCAAAUGAUGGUCCAUUGUCUCUGAUUUCAGAAACACAGAGUAUGUCAAACCUCCACUGGUGAGAGAUAAUAUCUAGUUAUUGUUUGUACAAAGGAAUAUAGUGCUAUAAUCCAUCCAUUGCACUUAGCCCCAUUUUGCUUACACGAGGGUCCAUCCUUUUGAUUCAUUUAUUGUAGUGUCAGUGUUGUUCAGGAAUGUAUUUAAAGGUUAAAAGAUUAAGAGCCCAAAACGAUAGUUAGUAAUGGUAAAUCUACUGAAGUGAAUGCCCAUAUUUAGGGGUUAACCAUGAAUUGUCAAGCUUGUGGAAAUCUUUCCCAAAUUUGGCAUAGUGGUUGAAGUGUUAGCUUGCCACACUGACAUCCUGGGUUUGAUUCACCCAGGAGUACAGUGUGUGAAACUCUCAUUUGUGUCACCCUCUGUGUGAUAUGGCUUGAACAUUGCAGCCAAUAAGUGGUGAUAAACCAUACUGGCUCACUUUCCAAGGGAAGACUGUGAUAGUCACACCAGGUCCUCGCACACACCCCUACUCUCACAACCAUGAUCAGUGUCAAUAGCUUUGCAGAGGAAUGGUGGCUGGCAUCAAAACUGAACUUAGUCCCUCACGCUGAUCAGCAGUUGUUAAACGAGUGGUAUGCGUGAUGCAUUAUAUAUUGGAUACACAUUUUCCUGUAAUGCCGUGAAAUAAUCUUUUAAAAAAUAACUUAUUAAUUCUUUUGUGGAUUGAAAUCCAGGUAAGUACGCAUCAUAUAUGUCAUAGAAAAUAUUGAUGUUGGCACCUGCCCUUGGAACCAUAUCUACCUUGUAAUAACAUUCCAGAUGUGUUAGGGCUGUGAGUAUAUGUGAUACUUGUAUAGAUGCAGUACGCCAGUAUACUUGUGUAGGUGAUAGUGAACUGCCUUGUGUACAUGUAUUCAGAGCCCUUUGUGUAGGCAACGCUGCUCUGCCACUUAGGUUGGUGUGUAGCCGCAAACAAUAAAAUGAAAGAAGUACA